AUGCGGAAGUCGAUUGCUCUACUGGGAGCUUUACAGCUCCUGUCAAAAUGCUGUCAGGCAGCGACACACACAUUUGACUGGAAUGUGACGUGGGUGAUGGCAAAUCCAGAUGGACUUGCCGAACGCAAAGUUAUUGGCAUCAACAAUCAAUGGCCUCUGCCAACAAUUGAUGUGAACAAAGGAGAUCGUGUCGUGGUCAACAUGCACAAUGGUCUCGGCGACAAAACCACAUCCAUUCACUGGCACGGAAUGUAUCAGAACGGGACCAAUGAUAUGGACGGUCCUUCUAUGGUUACGCAGUGCCCAGUGGUCCCAGGGUCGAGCAUGACCUACAACUUCACUGUGAAUCAGAAUGGUACAUAUUGGUAUCACUGUCACACAGAUUACUGCUAUCCCGAUGGGUACCGCGCGCCUUUCAUUGUCCACGAUGAGGAGUCUUACUUCUACGAUGACUACGAUGAAGAGAUGGUUCUCACCAUGACUGAUUGGUACCAUGACAUGACCGAAGACAUUGGUCCUGAAUUCAUGUCCUUAUACAAUCCCACUGGAGCUGAGCCGAUUCCCAAUUCCUUUUUGUUCAAUAACUCGGUCAGCCAGAGCUAUCCUGUUCAGGCUGGGAAGACUUACCUUCUCCGAUUGAUCAAUACCGCUACUUUCGUCGGUCAAUACUUUUGGAUUGAGGAUCAUCAGAUGCGUAUUGUUGAAAUCGACGGUGUCUAUGUCGAUGAGGCAGAGGCAGAUCUUUUGUACCUCUCUGCUGCUCAGCGUUACUCCAUCCUGGUCACUAUGAAAGAUUCUACCGAAAGGAACUAUGGUAUGGCUAUGGUGGCCGAUUCGUCCCUUCUUGAUUUGAUCACACCUGAUCUUUUGCUUAAUCAAACAAACUGGCUGGAGUACAAUGCCGAUGCCCCUCACAACGAGGUGACUCUCCCAGUGGAGGACUCCUCGGAUCUCUAUCCCUUUGACGACAUGACUCUCGUGCCCCAUGACCGUGUGGAGCUGUACAAGGACCCAAAACACACCAUCGAGCUUACUUUGGUCAUGGACAAUCUCGACAAUGGCAUGGGUUACGGCUUGCUGAACGACCACAGCUAUACAAAGCCGAAGGUCCCUACUCUCUACACCGUUAUGUCUGCCGGCGACCUAGCCACCGACGCGACAGUGUACGGCGAGUACACCCAAUCCGUCGUUCUUGAAAAGGACGAUGUCGUAGAGAUCAUCCUCAGCAAUCAGGACUCAGGCACCCAUCCCUUCCACUUGCACGGCCACGUAUUCCAAAUGUUGGAUCGAUUCCCAUCCUACGGCGAGGGCUUCUACGAUUAUGAUGCUGGCACCGAAUUUGCCACCUUUGAUCCCUCAAAUCAUACAGAAUUCCCCGUGUAUCCCGCGCGUCGCGAUACCUUCGUCCUGCCUCCUGGCGGUUACUACGUCAUCCGCUUCCUUGCCAACAAUCCCGGUGUUUGGCUCUUCCACUGUCACAUUGACUGGCACAUGAUGCAAGGUCUUGCGAUGACGUUCAUUGAAGCCCCUCGGGAGCUUCAAGCAAACCUCAUCAUUCCUGAUGACCAUCUCAAAGUCUGUGAGGCUGCCGGUGUGCCCUAUGAAGGGAAUGCUGCCGGCAACAUGGAGGAUUACCUCAACCUGAAAGGAGAGAACAAACCACCUGGGUUUAUUCCGGAUGGAUUCACCGCCCGUGGAAUCGUCGCUCUGGUUUUCUCUUGCGUUACUGCAUUUUUGGGAAUGGCGGCUAUUGCUGUCUAUGGAAUGUCUGGUCUGAAUUCCCCUGUGAGGAAACCAGAUCAGGAGGAUGAAAGCUCAUCAACUGAGAUGGAGGUGAUUGGCACCUCGCGGGCGUACCGGGAUUAG